AUGUCCAGAGAUGGCUCAGACGACACUGCAAUUCCUGAGAAAUCGCACAGCAAGGAGGCUGGGGAUGGAGGGGUGCAGGGCUCAGGAUCAGUUGGAACGAACAAGGGUGGGCGAAUGACGCGAGCUUGGACAGAAAUCGAGAGAAACAAACAUAAGAUAGCUUGCAAGGGGAAGACUCGCCUCAAAAGGCAAGAGAAAUUAGAGAUCAUCCGUCUACACAACUCAAGCGAUCCUGAAGUGCACAAGACAAAAGCGGAGCUCGCUAGUAUGUUUAAGAAGAGUCUGUCGGCCAUUGCAAAGAUUCUGAAGCCCGAGAGUAUUGCGAAUCUAAGGGGGAAGGCGGAAAAGAAAUAG